CUUUGGCCACCUGUGUCCUCGGUGAAGUCGUCAGAGCGCCUCAGGGUGCAGCCAGAGAGUCCAAACGCUCGGCUGCACAGCGGCAUGCGGGCGUCUCCGUACCGGGGAAUGCAGCUCGUCCGCGCCGGGGCCAGCGAGGUAUUAGUUGGUGAAGUGAUUCACAGGAUUGAAAUCCCUGCUACCGGCCGCCUCCGACGUUUCGUGGGUGUGGACUUAAAAGGUGAAAGAAUCCAAACAGGUUGGACGGAACGACACCUCAAUGGCUCCUCCUCGUAAGGCUGAAACACAUUAAGCGGCGAGAGGAAGCGAAUCCUUCCAAUGUCAUCUUUAUUUCGCUCGUGGCCAAACUUUACUCAAGUGUCGCGCCGAGAGGAGCGAAAGAAACUUUUGGGACGCAACAAGACGCGACAGGCGUAAUAGGUGACUAAAGCGGCAAGAAUUUUCAUAAAGGCUAAAAAAAUAUUGAAAUUAAUUUGGGCUGAGGGCCGAAGAGGCGAUGCGCGGGCCACUGUGGAGAAUUCAACUGCUGUUCAGCUUCUUCUUCUUCUUCUUCUUUUUCUUCUUCACCAUCUGCAACACUUUGGACGGGGAGUGCGUGUUGGGCAUCGUGGGGCAGCCGCUGCGGCUUUCCUGCUUUUACCCGGACGCCCUCGCCCUGGCCGACGUCUCCGCGGAAUGGAGGAGGAACGAGGACGAGGUGGCGCGAGACGACGGGGACGACGACGACGCUCUCCGCACCGGCAACUUCACCCUGAGGCUCCCCGCCGUGGACGCCCGGGAGGACAAUGCCAGUUACAGCGUCAUCGUCAGCUCUCGGGGCAACGCCAGCGUGGAGGCCUGUAGGCUGUGCCUGAGGGUCACUGCUCCGUUCAGCCCCCCCGAGCUGACGUGGGAGCCGGCGGCGGCGGACGCCCCCAGCGUGUUCCAGUGCGACACGGGCGGCGGCUUCCCCGAGCCGGUGGUCUCCUGGCUGAUCGACGAAGGGGUCCGGGAAGUCCCGGAGGGCUCGGUAGAGACUCUGGUGGAGCUGCGGCCAGACUCGCACCUCUACUACGUCACCAGCUACCUGACCGUCAACGUGACGGAUACCAACGUGUCCUGCGUCGUCCGCAACACGGCCACCAACCUGAGCCUCGCCUCCACCACGCGUAUGUUUGAUGUCGCUGGAGGGGACGCGGUGUGGCACGGUCCCGUGGUGACCCGGGCCACCGACGCCUUGUGGGUGUUCAGCACGGCACUGUGCGUGGUGGUGGGUGCCAUGGUGGCCGUGGGCUUGGCCUACCAGAUCCACCUGGACCGGGUGAGCAAGAUGAAGAAACAAGUCCUGAGCAGAAGGAACAGAGGUUACAGGAGACGUCAACACACGGAGGAGACGGAGGCGGUCAUGUUUGAGUCAUGCGAGUCCAACGUCUGAACUGGAUCCAUCUUCCCGCUCACGAUUCGUCCUUCUGCCGAGCAGACCGCGAGCGCCAUGCCCAAAAGUGACCGGGAAGUCGGCCAUUUUAGUUACAAGCAUCCAUUUGCCGCUCAGCGGCGCCCCACCCUGGACGUUUAGAGAAUGAUUUGCCCCUACGGGAGUUUUACAGUUUGCUAGGACGUGUCUGAGGGGAUGUUUUGGUGUGAAUUUGUCCAAACAUUCCUCAAUUAGCGCCGGCGGUAUGCAAAACUGAAAAUGACAUGAUAAAGCUUUUCUUUCCCCAGAAAUCAUGAAAAUGGUAGAAAUUGUUUUUUGGGAGGAUUCACUACAGAAAAGGGGAUGCGAAGGUUCCUUCCUCGCGAAUUUAAUCUUUUUUUUUUACUUUUUGUAGCUGUUAAGAUGUUAGUUUUUUUUUUCCAAUAAAUACAUUUUUUUUCCACA